GGGAAGAGAGAGAGACUGGGGUUGUCUAUGGUUAGGUGUAACGUUUGCUCGCUCGGUGCCGUCGUUACAUGUGUGAGGAAAAGGGAAGGGGGGAGGCUGACAAUUGGGCUUUACAGCUAAUUCGGCACCCGAAAGCGCUGCGCUCCGAUGGGGUCGACGGGGAUGAAAUGACGAUGUCUAACGUUUACUUCCGACGAUGACAACGCUCUCCUUUACUUGAAGUUUAAACCCAGUGGGUAGAAGACCUCCAUGCCCACCCUUCCUUUUACCCAAUCCAGUCCCUGUAACCCGACGAAUUUCCCCUCCUACUUUAUCCCGCCGCUUUCACCCCUCCAUAGACCACACCCUGCUGCUCCGCCCAAACGCAACCAAGCCAAGGAUUUUCAACAGCACAUACUAAGAGCCAAUCAGGAGCCUUGAAGCCAUUCAGGAAUUAACAAUACAACUCGUAAUCUACCUGAACAUUGAGGAAAAAGCUGCGGAUAAUUAAUCCACAAAGAGGAAAACAACAGAAAAAUUCUGAUAAACUGGCAGUACGUGUCUACCUUUGAAGAAGAGCACAGCAAUUAGGAUAUUCCGCCAAGGUGGAGAAGAAAGCUGAAACGAUUAAUAGGGGGUGGAAACAGAAAGAAGGAAGAUAUAAAGGGAAAAAAAUGAGAAAUUGCACCAUUCACACAGUUUAACUGCGUAAAACACACACCAGUCACUCAAACGAAGUCUGAGCACUCGCAUAGUAUAUUAGAAUAUAUCUGCAAUACUAUACACAACAUUAUAUAUACACAUCAAACAUCCACUGAACACACAAUACCCAUCUGUACUGCAAACAUUCCCACACACUAUUAUCACACUCUAUCAGACUCCAAAUGCUCAUAUAAACAACCUUAGAAUCGCAAACACUACCGGAUCUGACGCGUAAGCAGUCCACGCUGUGAAUCCCAGAAAUCCCCCUUUUGGAAACUUGUGUGGACCAGACAUACACAAGCUCACCCUUAACCUCUCUCACGCUAUCAGAUAACAACCUCACGCACUCGUUCACACCUUCCACGGCCUCAAGAUGAUGUGUGAGGUGAUGCCCACCAUCUCAGAGGAUGGACGAGGAGGCGGAGGAGGCCCGUCCUCUCCUGCUGGAGGAGGUGGUGGUUUGGGGGGCGGUGCAGGGGGCAUGGGCGGUGGGUAUGGGGGCCGAGAGGCUCGUGGUGGGGACGAGGGAGGGAGCACCGGAAACCUGGAGUCUCUGAUGGUGAACAUGCUGACAGAGAGAGAGAGGCUGCUGGAGAGUCUCAGAGAGACCCAGGACAGUCUCGGCACGGCACAGUUACGUCUGCGAGAGCUGGGUCACGAGAAGGACUCGCUGCAGAGACAACUGUCCAUUGCACUGCCACAGGAGUUUGCAGUGUUGACCAAAGAGCUGAAUGUAUGUCGAGAGCAGCUGCUGGAGAGAGAGGAAGAAAUCGCUGAGCUCAAGGCGGAGAGGAACAACACACGGCUCCUGCUGGAGCACCUGGAGUGUCUGGUGUCUCGUCACGAGCGUUCUCUGAGGAUGACUGUGGUAAAGAGACAGGCUCAGUCUCCUGCUGGAGUCUCCAGUGAGGUCGAGGUGCUCAAAGCCCUCAAGUCUCUAUUUGAACAUCACAAAGCCCUGGAUGAAAAGGUGCGUGAAAGAUUGCGUGUGGCUUUAGAGAGAGUCGCUGUUUUAGAAGAAGAGCUGGAGACGUCUACAAAUGAGGUUCUAUCUUUGCGGGAUCAGAUUAAAAGGCGAGAACGGGGUUUGGACAACGGAAAGGAACGGCUUCCCAACGGCCCCUCUUCUCUCUUGGAUGAUGGAGAGAUCGACAGACAGAGAGAGGGAGAGAUAGAGAGACAGAGAGCAGAACUUUCUCAGUUAAAGGAGAGACUGGCUCUUAUGUGCAGACAGGUUGGCGAGAUCGAGGAACAGCUCACCACGGCCAGGAGGGAAUUAGCUAAAUCUGAGGAAGCCAAUCAGAAGCUUCAGAGGGACGUAAAAGAGGCGCUGUGUCAAAGAGAAGACAUGGAAGAACGGAUCACCACUUUGGAGCGCAGGUACCUCAGUGCCCAGAGGGAGGCAACAUCUCUCCAUGACAUCAAAGACAAGCUGGAGAACGAGCUUGCCAGCAAAGAAUCUUUAUACAGACAGAGUGAAGAAAAGAACCGGCAGCUCCAGGAGCGUCUGGAUGAUGCUAAGCAAAAGCUACAGCAGACCCUCCAGAGGGCUGAGACGCUGCCUGAGAUCGAGGCGCAGCUCGCCCAGAGGGUGGCGGCGCUUAACAAGGCGGAGGAACGCCACGGCAACUUUGAGGAGCGACUGAGGCAGCUGGAGGCACAACUGGAGGAGAAGAAUCAGGAGUUACAGAGGGCGAGGCAGAGGGAGCGGAUGAAUGACGAACACAACAAGCGUCUCUCCGACACGGUGGACAAGCUUCUGUCAGAGUCCAAUGAGAGACUUCAACUGCACCUGAAGGAGAGAAUGGCUGCCCUGGAGGAGAAGAACGCUCUCUCUGAGGAGCUGGCAAAUAUGAAGAAGAUCCAAGAUGAUCUCUUAGCAAACAAGGAUCAACUCAUUGCAGAGCUGGAGAGGCUUCAGCUAGAGCUGGACCAGCUGAGAGGAAGACCCGGUUCUUCAUACUCACGGUCUCUGCCUGGAAGCGCUCUGGAGCUCAGAUACUCCCAAGGAGGUGGGUCACUUCCUGCCGGCUCCACCACCCACCUGGAUCACUAUGGGAACACAGGCACUGGAGGCGUGGUCAGACGGACCCAUCGUGGACGUUGGGGCGGGGCCAGAGAGGAUGCUAGCAAAUAUGGAGACUGGGACAACGGGGCUUUGCUGGGCACUGGCUUUGAGGGCGGCGUGGAGGACAGGUGUUCUGAUGAUGAAGAGGAUCGGGAGACGCUCUUCGGCUCAGAGCUGCUCUCACCGAGCGGGCAGACGGAUGUGCAGACUCUCGCCAUCAUGUUGCAGGAACAGCUGGAGGCCAUCAAUAAAGAGAUUAAGCUGAUUCAGGAAGAGAAAGAAAGCACAGAGCUUCGUGCUGAAGAGAUCGAGAGUCGGGUCAGCAGCGUGGCUCUGGACGGCCCGCCCAUUCCUCCCACCUCUUUUGGGCGGGACAGCACAGGACGGGGCUUCAUCCCCCCCUCCCUCACAUCCUCCACUCUGGCAUCACCGUCUCCACCCAGUUCUGGGCACUCCACCCCCCGCCUGCCCCACUCCCCAGCACGCGAGACAGACAGACAGAACAACAAAGAAGACGAUAGGUCCCUGGCCCUUCUGGACUCCACCCCUCCGCCCACUCCUCGCGCACUGCGAUUGGACAGGAUGACGCACACUCAUCCCGGCGCGAUGUUGGAUGACAGCCGUGAGUUCCGCAGCCUCUCAGCUGAUGGAAGCAGCUCGAACAGCAGUCAGGACUCCCUCCACAAGGCCAGCAAAAAGAAAAGCAUCAAGUCUUCCAUCGGCCGGCUCUUUGGAAAGAAGGAAAAGGUCAGGAUGGGUCAGCCUGGACGUGAGUCAGCAUCUCUGGCCUCCACUCCCUCUGAUGAUCUGGGCUCCAUGGAUCCUCUCGGGCUCACCAAGAUGGCCGGUCCGGUGGAUAAGGACCGUCGCAGCAAGAAAAAGCAUGAACUUUUGGAGGAGGCAUGUCGACAGGGUCUGCCCUUUGCAUCCUGGGAUGGACCCACUGUUGUCUCCUGGCUUGAACUGUGGGUGGGCAUGCCGGCAUGGUACGUGGCAGCGUGUCGGGCCAACGUCAAGAGUGGAGCUAUCAUGGCUAACCUGUCAGAUACAGAGAUCCAGAGGGAGAUCGGCAUCAGUAACCCGCUGCACCGCCUCAAACUGAGACUGGCCAUUCAGGAAAUGGUGUCCCUGACCAGCCCCUCCGCCCCGGCCAGCACUCGCUCCUCGACCAGUAACGUGUGGAUGACUCAUGCUGAGAUGGAGUCCCUGACCGCGGCAACCAAACCAGAGCUGAAAGAGAUUAGCUGGGAUCAGAUCCUGGCCUAUGGAGAUAUGAACCAUGAGUGGGUGGGCAACGAUUGGCUCCCCAGUCUGGGUUUGCCCCAGUACAGAAGCUACUUCAUGGAAUCGCUGGUGGAUGCCCGGAUGUUGGACCAUCUGACCAAGAAAGAGCUACGUGGGCAGCUCAAGAUGGUGGACAGUUUCCACAGGGUGAGCCUGCAUUAUGGCAUCAUGUGCCUGAAGCGCCUCAAUUAUGACCGCAAGGAGCUGGAGAGGAGGAGAGACGAGAGCCAGCACCAGAAUAAAGAUGUGAUGGUGUGGUCAAAUGAACGCGUGAUGUGUUGGGUUCAGUCUAUCGGCUUGAAGGAGUACGCAGAUAAUCUGACCGAGAGCGGUGUGCACGGAGCCCUGCUUGCGCUCGACGACACCUUUGACUAUACUGACCUCGCCCUGCUCCUGCAAAUACCCAAUCAAAACACACAGGCUCGACAACUUCUGGAGAAGGAAUACAACUCUCUUAUCGCCAUGGGAACAGAGAGGAGGCCGGACGAGGAUGGCACAAAGACGUUUACCCGCUCUCCUUCAUGGAGGAAGAUGUUCCGGGAGAAGGAUCUGAGGGGGGUUACCUCUGACUCCUCAGAGACUCUGCCUGCUAACUUCCGUGCCUCAGCCAUCUCUACUCCCUCAGUCACCCUGAGAAAAGUCCAGAGCGAUGCAUCUCCAAGGCCAGAGUCUGGCUCUGUGAGGACGUACUCCUGUUGAGACACCGCAAAGGAGGUGCUGUUGUCAGAGAGCUGGAAUCGGCUUUACAUUUCAUUCACGGGGAGGAGGGGGGAAUAAGCAGAAAAAAGCAAUGAAUAUAUACAUUUAUAAAUAUAACUCUACUGGUCUGACCAUUCUGCAAUAACAGAAGAGGAGAGGAAAAAAACGAAGGAGAAA